UAAUAUUUUAUCGAUGAAUAUAAACCCAUGUAUUGAUAAAAUUCAUGAUUUAAUCAUUUUUAAAUAAAAUAACUUUUGUUCAUUUACAAAAUUUACUAUAUACUAAUAUUCUGUUGAUAGCUGUAAUAUUAUGGAUGUGGGAACUACUUUUUACAAAAUGAAAUAAAUAAAAAUUAUUGAAUAGACUGUCAUUUUUAAGUUGGAGUAAAAUAAACAUUCAAUUUAAUAUUCAAAAUGAAUUGUUGCAAUUGUAGUAAAACAAUUCGAUUAGUAUGUAAUUUCAAAAAAUGUAUUUUAAGCUUUCCUAGAAAAUUUAUGACUAGUAAAUAUAAAUCUACUAAGUUACACAUAACCGAUAGGAAAAUUAACAAUUUAUAUUUCAAUAAAUGGAUAAAAAUGUGUUCAGCAACAGUCUUGUUUUCAUUAUCUACAAUAGUAGGCUAUUGUUUAUAUUCCUUAGUAUAUGAAGAUGAUGACUUAGAAAUAAUAAACCGUGAAAAUAAAAAAGCCCAUUUGAUUAUACAAAUGUAUGAACGUUUACGAUUUCGUAUUGAAUUUUAUAACAAUUUGCUUUCAAUUCCUGUUAGUAACAAAUUGUUACCUGAUUUACCACCUGAUUAUAAUGACACACCAAUGCAUACAUUAGUGUUUGAGAUGACCGAUAUUUUAGUACAUGCUGAAUGGAAUUAUAGCACUGGUUGGACUUUUAAAAAAAGACCAAAUGUUGACUAUUUCUUAGAAAAAGUUGGGAAGAACUUUGAAGUAAUUGUCUUUACCAUUGAAAAUGGUUAUAUUGCAUUUCCUAUACUGGAUCAAACUGAUCCUUUAGGUUGGAUACAAUAUCGAUUAUCUCGUCAGUGUGCUGAGUUUCAUAAUGGACAUUUAGUGAAAAAUUUAAAAAAAUUAAAUCGGGAUCUAACUAAAGUUAUUGUUAUUGAUUGGAAUACAAGUUGGAAUUCACUUCACCCUAGAAAUACGUUAAUCAUACCUAGAUGGAAUGGUGAUGAUAAUGACAAUUCUCUUAUUGAUCUUGCUGAUUUUUUAACAACUGUAUUCAUAAAAGAUGUCGAAGAUGUUAGAGAAGUUAUAAAAAAUUAUAAACAAUAUGAUGAUCCGACUAAACAUUUUCGAAAUCAUCAGCAAAUAUUAAAAAUAGAAAAAUUAAAAUCUCAAGAUAUGAAAGAAGAAAUUCAAAAAGAAAGAAAGAGUUCAUGGUUUUCGUGGAUAUCUUGGAUAUCUUGGAUAUAUUAAGUUUAUCGUAUUAAUAAUAAAUAUUGGAUUAAUAUAGUGAUUUAUUAUUGCUUUUAAUGUUUUAUUAAAUUAGUUUAGUAAAUUUAACUCUAUUGACAUAGAACUAUGGAGAACAUUUUAAAAUAGUUUUUUUUUUUUGUGCUAAGGAAUUUGAGUUUAUUUCUGUUAAAGGUGUUUAAAUAGACUAUAUUUUUAUUAGAGGAAAUGAAAAUCCAUUAACACCAAAUUUAAACCAAAGUUGCAAAGUUAUUUAUAUGCUAAGAAAAAACAAAAAAAAUCUACAUAGUGCAGUGCAAUAUAAUUGACUGUAAGUCUUAUGUACUAAUGGUUUUACAAGUUUAAAGGUUUGGAUCUAGUACAAGACUUAAUAACAAUCCUAAAAAGGAUAAUAAGGGUGUCAUCUCAUAUUCUACAAAUCCAGUAACUUCUCUUAUGUAGAUAUUCUAUUUGUUUUUUUCAAUAAACGCGGCUUAACUAACAUCAGAUUUAACCUCCACCCCCGUAUAUAAGGAAAUAGUCUGAUUAAAAAAAAAAGAAUGUCGAAUGAAAUAUGUAUAUAAAUACUACUUCUAAUAAAAAAAUUGUGUUGAUCCAUACACUUUUCAAUAAGUUAUAGCAUUAUAGAGUAAAAAAUAUAAAAUCGAGAAUUUUCACACAAAAAUAACAUUUGGUAGCCAUUUUCGCCGUGAAGAGAAAAUAAAGUCUGAAAUUUUUUUUUCCAUAAUAAAGUACAUUACAUUAGCUUUAAUUUAAGAUAUAUAUAAAAGUGUCAGAAUUUCCGGAACAUUUUCAAAAGUCAAGUUGAAAAAGUUAAUUUUUUGUGAAGAAGUUGUCAUUUUAUAUCCCCCCUUGUGGGCAGGUAAAGGGGUAAAUUUAUAAAAAAAAUAUACCAAAUAAUAGGUAAAGACAACAAGCAUCUAUAAAAAAAAAUUCUAUUGAUAUAAUCAUUAUUGGAAAAGUUAUGACAGUUUUAAAAAAAAAAUUUCGAAAAUUAGCAAUUUUUAAAUUUGUAUUUUUUUUUCAAGGUUUCUCCCAUUUACGGGGAACGAGGGAAAUUUUUUCCAUUUUUUGAGGGUAGUGUCUUCGACUAGAUACUAUUUGUGAUCUUUUGACAUAACGUUGAAAGAAAUCCGUUCGAUGAGAACUGAAAAAAAGUGGUAACAGACACAAAAAAAAAAAAAAGGCAUCAUAGUAAAACCAAUACAUUCUCAUCGAAGCUAAAAUAAUAAUAUAUUAUUCAUUUGAUUUAAAUAAUGAAGUCGAAUUCAAAUAAUAUCUUGUAAAGUCAUCAUGGAAUCAAUGUAAUUCAUUCAUAACAGACUACUAAACAAAAAUAUUCCGAUUUAAACAGUACCACCACCAAUGCAGGGCCGGAUUAAGAUAUAUGCGGGUUUCGGAACAAUACCUUCAGAUGGGUAACCACCCCUGUAGAAAAUAUUGCUACCAUAAAAAAGUGAUGUAUGUUGUGGUCAGAUUAUUUUUAAAUAGUCUUUUAAAAUAUAAAAUUAUAUUUUGUGGUAUAACAUGAUGGGAUUCAGAAAA